UGCAACAAGUCAACCCAACCAGCCAUGAGUGGGAUAAACCCUGGAGACGACAAACUCGUAUUCGAAUCGUCGGAAGCGGUUUCUGUCGUUUCGACUUUUGAUGACUUGGGACUGAAGGAGGACCUCAUUCGCGGUAUAUACGCGUACAACUUCGAAAAGCCCUCCGCCAUCCAACAACGUGCCAUUCUGCCAAUAACACAAGGAAGAGACGUUAUUGCUCAAGCUCAGUCUGGUACUGGUAAAACGGCCACAUUCUCGAUUUCAAUCCUUCAGUCUAUCGAUGUGACGGUUCGAGAAACUCAGGCGCUUGUUCUCUCCCCAACUCGCGAGCUCGCGACCCAGAUCCAGUCGGUUGUUUUGGCUUUGGGAGACUACAUGAACGUCCAAUGUCACGCUUGCAUUGGCGGUACCUCGAUUGGAGAGGAUAUCCGGAAACUCGAAUAUGGCCAACACGUCGUCUCUGGCACCCCUGGUCGUGUUUUCGACAUGAUUCGGAGAAGGAGUCUUCGCACACGCAAUAUCAAAAUGCUCGUAUUAGAUGAGGCCGACGAAUUAUUAAACAAGGGCUUCAAGGACCAGAUAUACGAUGUCUACCGCUAUCUCCCGCCAGCAACUCAGGUCGUCCUUCUCAGCGCCACUCUCCCUUACGACGUCCUCGAAAUGACCACAAAAUUCAUGACAGACCCCAUCCGCAUUCUCGUCAAGCGUGAUGAGUUGACGCUGGAAGGUAUCAAGCAGUUUUUCGUGGCGGUCGAGAAAGAGGAUUGGAAAUUCGACACACUUUGCGACCUCUACGACACCCUCACUAUCACCCAAGCUGUGAUUUUCUGCAACACUCGGCGUAAGGUCGACUGGCUGACAGAAAAGAUGAGAAGUUCAAAUUUUACUGUCUCCUCGAUGCACGGCGAGAUGGCUCAAAAGGAGCGUGAUGCUAUUAUGGCAGAGUUCCGUGGAGGCACUUCACGUGUUCUGAUCACGACUGAUGUGUGGGCACGGGGCAUCGACGUCCAGCAGGUUUCGCUGGUCAUCAACUAUGACUUGCCUGCGAAUCGCGAAAACUACAUCCAUCGUAUUGGUCGUUCGGGUCGUUUCGGACGCAAGGGUGUAGCGAUCAACUUUGUGACUGUGGACGAUGUUCGUAUCUUGCGAGAUAUCGAACAAUUCUAUAGCACUCAAAUCGACGAAAUGCCGGUGAAUGCUGCAGAGCUUAUUUGA